UAAGUCGUCUUCACUGAAAUACAUGGCACAUUUAAUCAUGCCCUAACUCCGCGGAUUAAUAAUAUUGUCGAACGAAAUUCGCCGGCUCAUCAUGUCAAUGGAUCAUCGAUCGGAACUAUCCAAUCUUCCGGAAGUAAUCUAGUAGAAUAUGAUAUUUUAACAAGAAUGUGAUCAAGAUGAAAGAAUGAAUAGUAUACUUAUGUCAUAUUGCUUGAUGAUUUUCUAAAAUGGGAAACUGCUUGUGUCCGGACAAUUCAAACCUUAACAAUUCAUCAUCCCCAGCCACUGGAGCAGUUCAGCUAAAAAAGCCCGAGCCGAAUGGAGCUGUUGUAUCUCCAAAUCAGAUAACAAUAACAACAAACCCACAGCCUGAUAGUCCUGCUGUUUCAGUUGUUUCUUCGCAGCCAGCAGAGCCAUCAGCUAGUGACGCCUCCACUAGUAAUGUCAAAAUAUUUAUUUCACUUUACGAUUAUGAUGCUAGGACAGCAGAGGACUUAAGCUUCAUAAAAGGCGAGCAUCUAGAAAUUCUAAAUGACACACAAGGAGAUUGGUGGUAUGCCAAAUCAAGAUUGUCAAAAAAGGAAGGAUAUAUACCAUCAAAUUAUGUAGCUAAGUUGAAAAGCUUGGAGUCUGAACCAUGGUAUUUUGGUAAAAUCAAACGAGUGGAAGCAGAAAAGAAACUCCUUUUACCAGAAAAUGAACAUGGAGCAUUUUUAAUUAGAGACAGCGAAAGUAGAAGAAAUGACUAUUCACUUUCAGUGAGAGAUGGAGAUACAGUAAAGCAUUACAGAAUUAGACAACUUGAUGAGGGAGGAAUUUUCAUUGCUAGACGAGUGACAUUCAGAACAUUAUCAGAAUUAGUAGACCAUUAUUCCGAGGAGGCUGAUGGACUGUGUGUUAACCUUAGAAAACCAUGUACUCAGAUUGAGAAACCACAGACAGUUGGUUUAUCAUACAACACAAAAGAUCAAUGGGAAAUUCCUAAGUCAUCUCUGAAACUUCUACGCAAGAUUGGUCAUGGUCAGUUUGGUGAAGUAUGGGAAGGAAUGUGGAACAGUACUACACCUGUAGCAAUCAAAACAUUAAAACCAGGUACUAUGGAUGCCAAAGAUUUCCUUGCCGAGGCUCAGAUCAUGAAGAAAUUACGACAUCCUAAACUUAUACAGUUGUAUGCUGUUUGUACACAAGACGAACCAAUAUUUAUUGUUACAGAAUUAAUGAAACAUGGAAGUUUAUUGGAUUUCCUACAAGGUAAAGGCAGACAAUUAAAACUGCCCCAGUUGAUAGACAUGGCAGCACAGAUAGCUAGUGGUAUGGCCUAUCUAGAAUCUCAGAAUUAUAUUCAUAGAGAUUUAGCAGCCAGAAAUAUAUUAGUUAGUGAGGGUAAUACUGUGAAAAUUGCAGACUUUGGCUUAGCCAGAGUAAUAAAGGAAGAUGAAUAUGAAGCCAGAGUUGGUGCUAGAUUCCCCAUAAAAUGGACAGCCCCAGAGGCAGCUAAUUAUAAUAGAUUUACAAUCAAAUCUGAUGUAUGGUCAUUUGGUAUAUUACUUACAGAAAUAGUAACUUUUGGCAGAAUACCAUAUCCAGGUAUGACAAAUGCUGAAGUGCUUCAUCAAGUAGAACAUGGAUAUAGAAUGCCAGCUCCGCCAAAUUGUUCACAGACUCUGUAUGAAAUCAUGCUGGAAUGUUGGAGGAAAGAAGAAAUGGAAAGGCCAACGUUUGAAACAUUACAAUGGAAAUUAGAAGACUUCUUUAACCUUGAUGGCAAUGACUAUAAAGAAGCAUCUAGCAUUCGAUAAUGUUUUACAAUUAAACUCAUUUACAUAUUCUGAUUUCUCGGUUAUGGAAAUACAUAGUCACUGGGACAAAGUGCUGGAAAACAUACCAGGGCAUAAUCGAGAUUUACAAGGCAGCCUUGAAGAUGAUGGUUUUAUAACAGAUAACAGAGAAAAAAUGGAUGCUAUAACAUCAAUUUUAUUAUAUUUUUUCCUCAAUUAUGUUGUAUGUCAGUGUAUGUUUAUAUUGCUGAAUGUGAUUUUAAUUUUAUCAGGCAAUUGUACAUUAUAUUGCGAAAAUGACUUCUGACAAAAACUUUUCAGCUCAGAUUGUUUUUAUGUUUAACCAAUUGUUUUACAGAGGGUAAUAUAAUAACAGGCUUGGUCACAAAUAUUAAUAGUAGAAAAAAGUUGUAUAUUAAUAAGAAAUCCAUAUCCAAGAACUUGAAAUACAAAUUUCAUUUCAACAUUAGACUGUAUUCAUUAUAUAAUAAAGAGAUAGAUCUGUUAGAUGUACUGCUAAGGGAGCUACCAUUUGAUUUUUAGGGGGGGGGGGGGGGGGGGGGCUAGAAUGAAAUUUGAAAAAAAAGGCAGGACAGGAGUUUUGAGUAAAAAAAAAGGCAGGAUGACAAUUUAUAUAAAAAAAGGCAGGAUAAACUAAUAAAAAAAAAGGCAGGACCGAAUAGAGUGAAAAAUAAAAAGGCAGGACAGAGAUUACAACUAAAAAAAAAUGCAGGACAAUAUUUUUCAUCCUAGACCCCCCCCCAUAAAAAUCAAAUGGAUGGUAGCUCCCUAAUUCAGAAAUUUGUGCAUGCAUUUAUUAUUAGGAUUGUUGAACAAUGGACACAAAUGGGAUUUUGGGAAAUGCUGCAUACAAUUAAUGCUAUCAAAAAAAUUUUUUGUUGUUGCAAAACCUAUCCGGUUGCAAUAAUAAAAACAGUGCAAAGAUUUCUGAAUUAACAGAUUCCUGCUUCAUUCAGAACUAAAUUAGAUAUUAGGAGAAUCAUUGCUUAUAUACCUCCUCCAUUAUAUCUAACUAUCUAUAGUCCAAGCAUUGUCUCUCAUCAUUUCAAAUACAAGUCAUCACCUUUUUGCAUGCAAAUGAGUCAUAAUAAUUUACAGAUAUUCUAGUUGACCUAACACCUACCUACAUUUGAUGAAACUGCCUUUUGAACUGAUAAAAUGUCCAGAAUUUGUCUUCAUUGUGUUUUUGGCUGGCUGCUGGUUACUGUUUAGGUAUCAUGUAGUUCUUUGUGAAACUGAUGAUAUUUCAGUUAUGUGGACAUCACAAUGUGAAGGGUUUAAAAUUUACUAUUUUAUGACCUGAAUUUCAUGGUUGCUUAAUCACAGGUAUUGAAAAAGUUUUAGGAUAAUAUAGUUUAGUAUAGAGGACUAUAAUGUUAGCAUAAAAUUUUGCCAAUGAAAACAUCAAAAUUUGAAAAUAUUUAAUACCUUUCUCUUUUCAAGACGGUUUGGUUUUGGUUUUAUUGGUCAAUCAUGAAUAAAGGGUUACAGUCAUAUUUUAAUUAAUGCUACUUUUGUGUUUUUUAUUUGCCAUGACAAAGUAUUGACUCGUGUUUAUAUGUAGGUUUUAUGUAAUAUGGAUUCAAACAUGCAAUAAACAUUUUGUUUCAGUUAGUGCAGUUCAAAUUCUUAUGUAUUGUGGAAUGUUUACUAUAAAUUGGCCAUUUAUGCUGUAUUGAAACAUCUUGUUAACUGUAUGUAGCUACAAGUGAUUUCCAUACAAAUUUAAACCUGCAAACAUAUUUUUUCUUUAUUGUUAACCAAAUCAUUUUCGGAAUGUGUGAAAUUUCUAUGUUCCAUUUGUAAAAGUUUUGCAGAAAAGUGUUGUUCUAGUGCUCAAGAUGGUUUAUUUUUUUUCAAACUGAUAAUUCAAUUCCUAAAAGUGUUCCCCAUGGGCCUUUUCUUGUCCUUUUUCUGUAAUUUAACACUUUUUUAACACUUUUUGAUCAAGAGCUGAAUUACUGAACUUAUACCUGUGAGAUACAUAAUAAAUGAAUCCAAACUCAAGCCCCUUCUGUCUGUCUUUGUGUGAUGUUUUGGGUUUUUUUUGGGGGGGGGGGGGGGGGGGAGGUAAAAAUACAAUACUAAGAAGUCUGAAUUUAGUUGCUCCACACAGAAUAAGUUACACAAAUGUCAUUAAUAAAGUUUUGAAUAAUUCAUCAAAUAAUCAUUGAUCUGUUUCAUAAUUGUAUCAUAGAUAGUUAAGAGUAAUACCAGGUUUGCAUACAUAAAAGAAGUUAAAGGUCCAAAUAUAUAAAGAGAGUGCUACAAAAUAAGGUUGUGAAGCUUUGUAUUUUGUAUUCAAUUAUUGGUUGUAUUAAUGUGUAUUGCUGUUUUAUCAUUAGUUAAUAAUUGGACUAACAUUUUAUGGGUCUGUUUAAAAGGCUUGUUUUCUUAAAAUUUUUAUCAGAUUUUUUAUAUCCGUAAAUUUUAUAUCAUUGUCAGAUGGUUGUUUACUAAUUUAGAACCAUGGUCAGGUCAAAUGAGGUUGAUAACAUACCGGGCAUUUCACUUUAUAUUUUGAUAUUGAUUUGAAAUUUCUGUUUUUAAAGCAUCAUUCAUAUAACAAAUGUUCAUAUUUUAUGCUUGUGCAAUUAAUAAGGGAGAAGUGUAGUAACAAUUCAUUUCCUGUAUGAAAACUAAUGUAUUGAAAAUCAAGCAUCCUUUCCACACCUUUACUUACUUUGAAUGUUAUAUACAUUACAUAACAUAUCUUAAGUGUUUAAUAGGCUGUGAAACAAUUUUGAAAAAAAAAUUCUUCAUAUGUCAAUAUGUAGCAAGUAUAUGUUGUUUGAAAAAGUUAGAUGCUUAAUAUUCCAUUAACAGUUUAACCAGCUCAUUUGCUAUUGGAUGUUAAUUCUGAAUGUGUAUGUUAAUGAUGCUCAGACAGUUGUUUUACUAAUAUAUAAUAGCAUUUUUAGUAGUGACACUUAUAAGUUUUAGACCAAAAUGGAUCCAAAAUAUGGAUAACUUGCCAAAUAUUUAUCAUUUAAAAAAUAAUUUCAAUAUUUAGCUAUAAAUUAUACAUGGGUCUAUUUCUUUUAUUUAGUCUCAUCAAUUUAUAUGCAAACAUGUUUUUGGUUGAAUUUGUUUAGAAUUGUCGAUUUCGUAAAAUUUAAUGAUGUUGUUAGUAUAUACCUACUUUAGGUCUGAACUCAAUUCCUUUAGCCAUUUAAACAUCAUAAAUUAUUUCAGAAUCUCCUUUUUCUCAUCUGAUUGGUAUUGCUAUUAUUUCUAUGGCUUUUUAGCAUAGAAAAUGAUAAAUAAAUAGAUGGACUGUUUUCCAAUACCCAGUGCGUAGUAAAUGUUGUAAUUGUGAAAAGUUCUAGUCAAUCUAUUGUUCAUUUUGACAUCUUCCCAGCUUUCUUUGUGAAAGCAUAAUCUUCUUAGAGAAGUUUAUAUAUAUGGUGGCCAGAUGUAAUUAAUGAUAAAAUUUACUAUACGUCUAUGAUUAAACAAUUGUCUUUUUACAGGUCACAUUACCAUGUGAAGUAUGAUGCACAAUGUACGUGAGCUAUUAUGUUGUUCAAUACACAAAUUUUUCAAUACAAAAUGUAAUACAUUGAUUAGAAUAAUUAUAAAUGAUCAUGAAUACUCAUCUUUCAUCUGAGCCAUUCAUAAUAAAGAAUAACAAAAAUA